GGUCACAACACCCAGCUACAGCCCACCCCAUUUCCCAUGCACUGCAGGCCCCUGUCUGGUUCAGUCCCCAGCCAUGGCCUCCCCAGUGCAGACAACAGAGCAGAAUAUCCCCUGCCCUGGCCACCAGCCUGCCACUGCCUGGGGCCACCAUACCCACACAGAUCACUGCAGUCCCACUCUGCAGAGCUGCCUCCAGGUGCUGGGUGCCAAUGACUCUGUCCCCAGCAAGGCUCUGGCUGCAGCCGCCUCGCUGGAUGGCACUUAGACACUGGUCACCCAAGGCCCUUGUCCCCAAGGGAUGUGCCUCCAAUGCCCUCAUCCUUGGCCAGGCCAACUCUGUCCCCAAGCAGGAUGUGGCCAUCCGGAGGGACUCGGAGAAGCAGACGCUUGUCCACAGGCAGCCACUUGGAGCUAAUUGCAGGGACAACAGAGUUCCCAUGGCAACAGGAGAGAUGUUUGUUCUUGUCAUCCCUCCUCUGUGUGUGUGUGGCUGAGAAGCUGUAUUUGCCCAGGGCCAGGAAGUGCUGGGGUGGUCACAGUGCCCAGCUCCAGCUCACCCUGUUUCCCAUGCACUGCAAGCCCCAGUCUGGUCCAGGCCCCGUGUUGCCCAGGGGAGCCCAGAUGCAGCCCUGCUCAGCCCCACUGUGACAUCAGAGCUGCCGCUCUUGAGUCAGAGCUGGGCACCCAUAAAGCUCUGUGGGGCAGGGAAGGAGCCCACAGCUGCAGGUGACUGUUGCCCUGGGCACGGAUCCUCCUGUGGAAGGGCAGCGUGGAGCUGGUGCUGGAGCCGGUUUUGCCUGAGGAGCCCUGACUGCUGAAGCUUAGGAGGAAGAGCUGAGCAGGGAGGCUGCCUGUGCCCAGAGAUGGCAAGGAGAAAGGCACCACAGAAAAUGGCCUUAAAUGUCUCCUUGGAGAGGGAGACUGACCAACGGUCAGCAGGAGAGGCUGGAGGGCAGAGCCACGGCCAGGGGAGUAGGAGCCUCUUCACAGAGGUGGAGCUGAGGAACCGCUUUUCUCAGCCCACUCCCAGCUCAUCCGCUCGAGGGCCACCAGAGCCUCAUGGCAGGGCCACAGCGCUUGCAAGUACCCUUGCAUCCCUGUGGAGAUCCCUGCUGACCAUGUGCAUCUUUACUGGGCAACAGAUGGCUGUGCACAAGAAGAGGUGCUUGAAAUUCAUUGUCUUCUUGCUUCUGAUGGUUCUUGCUGGUGUUUACUGUGGGACCUCACUGCCGGUGUGGACGAUGCGAGCAAAGGCACAGAGAGAGGAUCUGUCAUGGGCAUCCGCAGCAGAAACAAAGAUGCUGAGGAAUUUGCAAACCACUUGGACAGAGCAAACCCAAAAGUUGCAGCUUGUGCUGGAGGAGUUGGCUCAGCUGAGGGUGGAGAUAAGCAGUUGGAAGAAGGAGAGGCAGGAGGUGAACCAGGCAGCACUGAAGCUGGCUUUGGAAACCUACCUUGAAAGAUAUGACUGGGCCCUGAAAAGUUCUGGUGCUGUCGUUGACAUGCAGAGAACUUCGAAGACAUAUGACUGCAAAGACAAUUGGGUGUGCAAGGUUGUAUGGUUCUUCCACACUUUCAACCCUCCUGAUACGAUUUUAAAGCCGGAUGUGUCGCCAGGAAACUGCUGGCCUUUACAAGGGGAACAGGGCCAGGUGGUCAUCAGGUUGCCAGCACGAGUCCAUCUGACUGCUGUCAGUGUGCAGCACAUCUACAAAGAGGUCUCUCCAUCUGGGACCGUCACCAGUGCCCCCCGAGACAUGGCUGUGUUUGGAUUGAAUGCAGACAGAGAAGAAGAAACUCUCCUUGGGAUGUUCGAGUACAACGUGGCAAAAGAGGCCCUUCAGACCUUCCCUCUGAAGAACACACACAGAGCCUUUUCACACAUCAAACUGGUUGUGAAGAGCAACUGGGGGUACCCAGACUACACCUGCAUUUAUCGAGUGCAGGCUCAUGGAAAGAUGGCAGAACCAGAAAACCUCAACUGAAACCAGAGAAGAAAAAGAACACCAAUAAAGAGGAGGAAUGGGGGAGGAGGGAUCCAUGGUUUGUCAGA